CUGGCAGGAAGCGCCUGCCCAGAGCCGACUGAUCUUUGUCGUCACGCAUAUUUACUCUCUUCGGUAGUUUCUACCGACUGCGUUCAUUAAAAAACCCCACAUAUAUUGCUAUAACUUGAUAAUAAGAUGACCUCCAAGAGGAGCGAAGGCGAAUGGCAGGGGCUAGUGAAUGAGCAUUUGAUAUGCAAAAGGAAGCUGGAGAGUAAGAAGGAAGCUCUAUUGAUUCUCUCCAAGGAACUUGAUACAUGUCAACAGGAACGGGAUCAGUACAAACUAAUGGCUAACCAGCUAAGGGAACGCCAUCAAUCACUGAAGAAGAAGUACAGGGAACUCAUGGAUGGUGAUCCCACACUUCCUCCAGAAAAACGGAAUCAGGCAAACUUGGCACAGCUACUGAGUAGUUCUCGAGAGCGGAAUAAACAUCUCGCAGAGGAAAUCAAGGAAAUCCAGCAGAGACUGGCUGAAGCACAGGGUGAUAACAAGCUCCUAAGAAUGACGAUUGCAAAACAACGAUUAGGUGAUGAAGAUGUUGGCUUUCGCCAUUUCCCUGCACAUGAACGUGAGGAUCUUGUUCAGCAGUUGGAAAAAACACAGCAACAGAUUGAACAGUUGGAUCAUGAUUUUCAAGCAGCAGUGGAUGAACUUCAGGAUGUUACGGUUGAACGCUCUUUUUACCAGGAGAAAUCCGGCCGUUUAAAUCAAGAGAUUAACCAUAUUCUUGGAGGACAUGAAAACCGAAUAAUUGAUGUUGAUGCAUUGUGCAUGGAGAACAGGUACCUGCAUGAACAUUUGAAGCAGAUCCAGGAAGAAGUUAAUAUCCUUAAGAAUAACAUUUCUAAAUACAAGAAUGCUCUUGAACGUAAAAAGAACCCAAAGUCCAGUGGAAGGAGCAGCAGUAGUGCCCUUACCGGCGUUCUUUCUGCCAAGCAAGUCCAAGAGCUUUUGUCAGUAGAUCAUGGCUGCAGUCUGCCAGCUACUCCACAGUCCAUCUCAGACCUGAAAUCACUGGCAACUGCUUUACUUGAAACAAUUCACGACAAGAAUAUGGUUCUUCAGCACCAACGUCAGACAAACAGGAUUCUAGGCAAUCGCGUGGCUGAGUUGGAAAAAAAGCUGAGAACAUUGGAAGUUUCUGGUUUGUGGAGUCUUCCAGGAGGGAGAGAGACUAUAACAUUGACUGAUGCUUCUAUGCCUGAAGAUGUACAACAAAAAUCACCGAUGUUUGAGGUCACUGAAUCACACAUGCAGCAGAAUGAUCAAAUAAAAGAUCAAGAGCCUCUACCUCAGUCUUCAACACCGGAGAUGACAUCUAUAGGAUUUGAAGAAAUGCAAGUGGAACAAACAAAUAAUUGUGGAAGUCCAGUGGUUUUGCCUUUUGAAACAGAUGCCCAAAUAGAUAUUUAUUCUUCAAUAUCCCAACCUCACUCUGGAAAUGAAGUAACACAAAUGACUGAAAAGUUGGAUACUACCGAGUUAAGCGAUGCCUGUGACAAAAUAAGUGCUUCUGAAAGGCAGAUUAUGGCAAAAUCUCAGAAUCACAAUGCUGUUUCAUCUGUAUUCAAUUUCCCCAUAGCCAGUCCAGAAUCAGCCAAUCAAACUGAUUCUGUAUGUGACCAGUGGAUUGAAAAUAACACAAUUAAUGAACCAUCGCAUGCUGUUGAAAGCGACAUAACAUGUGUGUCAUUAAACAUGACUCCCAUAAGAAAUUCAGAUUCGCAACUGCGCAACCUGCUGAGCACAGAUCCACAGACAACAUUUGAGCUUGGUGAAGAAAAUACUGAAGAAAAUCAUGAAGCAUAUGUGGCAUAAUUUACAUUUGGUUUAUUUCUCGAGUUUAAAGAUUAUGAUAAAACUUUUAAACGGUUCGAGACCAACAAGAAAGAAUAAUUCCCUUGAAAUCAGUACACCAACUCUUUUCAUGCUGAAUGUGGUGUGAGAGUUUCUACAUUGUAUGCUGUGGUCUGAAUUACGUUAAGUCAAGCGGCAACAGUGUUUAUUUCCCAUACACAACAAAUAUAAACCGGAACAAUUAAACUAUUACUAGUUGUAACUUUACAGAUAUGUUAAACGCAUCAAUGACAACUGUAAAUAGAAAACUUAAUUAUCAGUUAUUCUAAGUAAACUAGCCCACGACUGUGCAAAACCUAAAGUACAUAGAGUAACUCUUCCCAUUUCUGUAAAAGCAGAGUAGAAUCAUUGUCGAAAAACAAUGAUAA